AUGGCUGAGGAAGCCUCUCCUGAGAAGAUUACUGCUGAGGAGUCUUUUCUCUCACAGCCGAACUCCGAUGCCCAGGGUCAACUCACUGCAGCCGUCGACGAGCUCCUCGACCAACUCCAAAGCAAAUUCGAUAAUGUCUCGAAGGAGGUGUUUGGCAAACUGGAUGACAUGACCCGCCGUCUCGAUGAACUCGAGGCCUCAUUGACGGCAUCGGGAACCGAGUCGGCAUCCGCGACUCCCACCAAAUAG